AUGACGAAGGCUGUGUGGGACACAAUGGUAUGGUGUUAUGACGGUGAUGCAUCAGUGAAGAAGGUAAGGCUUCAGUCUCUAUGUAAGUUGUGUGAGAAUCUCAGUAUGAAGAACGAUGAAAAGGUACCUGACUACAUCUCCAAAGUGAUUCUGAUCACAAAUGAGAUGAAGUCGUGUGGAGAAACUCUCUCUGAAGAAAGUAUCAUUCAAGAAGAGGUAGAGCAGCAGUCUCUGAAAGUAACUUAUGGUAAGAAAUAUCAGAAGAAGUCUUGGUCUGAAGCCAGAAAGAGAUCUGAUGGUGUUAAGAAGUCAAAAGCCUCAACUUCUGAAAGGCAAAAGAGUGCUCGGAAAGGGAAUGGAAAGUAUGACAAGAGGAAAGUCCAGUGCUACUGUUGUAAGAUGUUUGACCACUUUGUUGUUGAUUAUUGGUCAAACAAGGAAAGGAAGUCAGAAGAAGCAAAUGUAGCCAAAGGAGAUUCUGAUGAUGAAUCAGUGAUAUUGAUGGCUUCUGAAUCUGAUGAUGCAUUCUUGGCAGAUUGGUGGUAUAUAGACACUGGCUGCUAA